AUGUUUGCACGGGCCUUCUCCCGCUUUGCGAGCCUCGCCGCUCCCCAGGGAGUGCGCAACGCUCUCGGCCUGCCCUCCCGUCAUUUUUCUACGGGAACCGGAAACGCAAAUCCCUUCAAAAACCAGCUUCUCCUCACACUUAGCUCUCCCUCGGAGGCCAUCUAUGUUCGAACCCCCGUCCGAUCCGUCACUGUCCCCGGCAGCGAGGGCGCUAUGACCAUGACAAACGGGCAUUCACAGACGGUUGCACGACUGAAGGCCGGCGAAAUCAUUGUCAGGAAAGGCGAAAGCGGGGAUGACGUCGAGCGAUUUUUCCUCAGUGAUGGCUUCGUCCUUUUCAAAAGGCAAGUUCGCAGGGGUUUCAACCGUAUCUCGUACUCAGUGUUUAACGGAGCGAACCUGGGAAGUCCCGAAGACGACAGCGGAUGCUGCACGGCGGAGGUUCUGGGUGUCGAGAUCGUUCCUGUCAACAUGCUAGACAAAGAGAGCGCGGCAACGGCCUUGCAAGAGCUCCUCCAACAGGGCGCUGGCGCGACAGACGAAUGGACCAAGGCGCGAACGCUCCUCGGGCAAGAGCUUCUGUCCUCCGUCAUUCGAGCAGCUCCGUAA